AUGUGGAAGAUUUUUGGAUUGAAGGAUAUAAUGGUGAAUGAUGAAGGAUUUUUUUUCUUCAAGUUUGAUUCUAAAGAAGGCAUGAUGAGUGUGCUUGAGGGAGGUCCAUGGCUUAUUAACAAUGUUCCUAUGUUUGUUCAAAGGUGGAGGCCUGGUCUUGUUUUGAGCAAACCUCAAAUUAAUUUUGUUCAUGUGUGGGUUAAAGUCUUUAAUGUACCUUUGGAAUAUUGGAACAACAAGGGAAUUACAUUGAUUGCUAAUGAAAUUGGGAAACCGAUAGCUAUGGAUAAGAUUACUCAAAAGAUGUGUAAUGAUCAUUGGGGAAGACCAGCAUUUAUGAGAUUUCUUAUGGAAAUGAUAGAAGAAUCAGAAUGGAUAAAAGAGUUAAGUGUUGUUUCAAUUGAUUUUGGGACAGGUGAAAAAGUUGAGUCAAAAUGCAGGGUGGAAUAUGCUUGGAGGCCUGAUGUUUGUACCCAUUGUAAAAUUUAUGGGCACAAGAAUAGUAAUUGUGGGAUUCUAAAUAGCUUGAAAUCAGAAAAUAAAGCUGAUGAGGCUGAAACAACAGAAGGAAAUGGCAAAAAAGAGCAAAUAGAUGAUGAAGGGUUUAUUUUGGUCACAAAGAAAAACAAUAAAGGACAGCAGGCUAGACCUGGUGUGGUUAUCCGUGAGAAUGGCAAGGUGGAUUUGAUAAAAUCUUUGGAGGAAAAUACAAUUCCUGUUAAUAAAGAUGCUAAUGAUAAAAAGAAAGAAGAAAUUAUAAAAGAUGUUGGGAAUCAAGAAAAGCAAAAAGGCAAGCAAGUUGAUAAGCAGGAAAAUCAAAAAUGGAUCCAAAAAGAAGAAAGCAACAGUAAAGGGGCUGAUAGCUGGAACAAUGGAGGAAAUUUUUCGAAAAAUAAAGAAGUGCAAAGUAAUAAAGAAGCUGGUAACAGGAAUAAUAGUGGAAGUUUUUCAAAGUUUGUUGUGGGAAACCUUAAAAAAGAAGGGAAGGAAGCAGGGGCAUUUCAGUUAAAAGAGGGUAAAAAUGGGAAAAUGAAUGGUACUGGGGUAUUUUUACCCAAGGAUAAAUUGGGGGAUAGAGUUAGAAAUGUGAUUGAUAAUUUCAACUCAAAGAAAGGUGAAGAUCAAAAGAAGGCAACUGAAAACAAAAAAGUGUAUGUUCCUAAAAAACAUGUGGAAUUGAAAGUUAGUUCGAAUUUUGACAACAUUAGGUCUACUUCGGGGAAGGACAAGCAAGAGGAUUUUAUCUCUAAAAAUCCUUUUGAUAUUUUGAAUGAUGAGAUGGGACUUAGGGAUAUGUCUUAUCUGGAUGAAAUGGAUCGGGAGGUUAUUACUGGAGGUGUCCAGGAGUCUAACACCAAAGCUCAAGAUGUUGAUCAAUGA